AAUCCGAUGAAAAAGUUAAAACAACCAUUAAAAAGGAAGAUUUAAAAAUCGGACAAAAAGUUAAAUAUCAUCCUAUCGGUAGUAGUGUGCAACUGUCUGAAGGAAUCGUGAAAGAAAUAAUCACUCGACCUGAGAUCUUAGGAGACGCCAAGGAAGAUGUCAAAGAAAUGGAAAAAGAACAGGAAGGUGAAGAACCUGAAGUUGAAGAACCUGAAGGCGAGGAAUCUGAUAACGAAUCAAAAGAUCCAAAUUAUGAUCCAGCAAAGGGGGAUGCGGAAGAGGAGAUAGUAGAAUGA